AUGGCAGUGCCACCCUGUCCUUCAGACCGCACGGAGAGCAACCACCUCUUGCUCUGGUGGACCAUCCCUGCAGACCUGCGGCAGACGGAGAGAGGCCGGGACGUCCCAAGACAACAGUCUGACAAGGCUGAGAGGGGACACAAGAAAGCCCUCCGCAGGCGCGGCCAGGGCGCCAAGCCGGCGGAGGACUGCGGUACCCCCUCACCGCAGGGCAAGCGGAGCAAGCGCAGCCCCGUCCCGCAGCCCUUCGAGGACGUCCACACGCAGCGUGUGAUCGCCAACGUGCGGGAACGCCAGCGGACCCAGUCGCUCAACGAUGCCUUCGCGGAGCUGCGGAAGAUCAUCCCGACGCUGCCCUCCGACAAGCUGAGCAAGAUCCAAACCCUCAAGCUGGCCGCCCGCUACAUAGACUUCUUGUACCAGGUCCUGCAGAGCGAUGAGCUGGACCACAAGAUCACCAGCUGCAACUACCUGGCCCACGAGAGGCUCAGCUACGCCUUCUCCGUCUGGAGGAUGGAAGGGGCUUGGUCCAUGUCCGCGUCCCACUGA